AAAGCCAGGGAAAUAAUCGAAUUAAAAUUUUACUGUGAAAAUCGGGAAAAACUGAACGUUGCACCAAGUGAAACAGUUGCGGGAACAUCACAUCCGAGUGCAGGAUUGGAGAUACAGUGAAUUUUACGUGACGCGGAACGUAAAUUAGCGAAAAAUGCAAAACAAGGCGAUCGAAGCUACUGCUGCUGCUGCAGGCUCCAACAACAACAACAAAGAGGAGGAACUCUUUAACACACACAAGGAGCUGUGCGAGGCUUUGAACAUGGACGAAGCAACGAAGGAAAAAUCCUGGCAGUCUUACAGAUCCAUCAGCUACAAUUACAUGCUAAACGGAAAUCCGCAUCAUUGGUUGUGCUGCUCGAUUUUUGUCGCGUGUCGACAAUCGCUGACGAAAACUGUGGGCGACCAGAGCUCCGUGCUCGAAGGGAAUUGCGUGUCUCUUACGCGAUUGUUGCGUAUUUGCAAUAUUUCCAUCUACGAAUUUUUCCAGAAAAUUAAGCAAUGGAUGGAAAUGGCGUCGAUCCCCAAGAGUUUCCGCACCAAAAUUGAAAAGCUGGAACGCGGAUUUGCCGUUUCUGUGUUGCUCUACCGGAAGUUUUCGCCCAUUUUCGAGGACUUAUUCAACUGUAGCAAAGGCGAAGACAAGGGAAAAAGCAACAAAAAGUCAAAACCGCUGCCUUGUUCGCCCUCCAAGCUGUACGAGCUGGCAUGGUGCUUGUUUGUGUCUGCCAAGGGCGAGUAUCCGGAUCAUGCUUGCGACUUGGUCACGUCUUUUCACAUGUUGCUGUGCUGUUGUGAUCUCAUUUAUGCCAAUGUCAUUAACGAAAAACGCACCGAUUUGAUAAAUCCCAAGUUUGCGGGCGUUCCCGCCAAAUGGGGCACCGAAAAUUUCGACUUGGACAACAUCAAGACGCCGCAUUGCAUCAUCGAGGACUUGUGCCAGCUGUGCGAAGGCACUGCCGUGGAUGCGCAUCACACGAAACGCUACAUCUGGAAGCCCGUCAUCGAGAAAAUGUUCACAAACAACAUUUUAAAGGGCAAUCCGGAGACCUUUUUGGAUCUCAUUACGCCCGGAAAUUUCGAGUUCAACCUAAAAUCGCUCAAUAAUGUCUACGAAACGUACGUUUUGAGUUGCGGCGAGGUCGACGAACGAAUUUUCCUGAAACACACGCAAUUCGGAUCGCGAAAUUUUGGCGCAAAUGGCACCGCGGCGACCGUUGAAGACGAAACAAUUCAAUCGUUGGUCCCGCCAACGCCGCUUACGGGCAGAAAUCAUCUUCGGGGACGAGAUCCUGUGGCGCCGCUUGCUAUUGCGCACGAUAAUGUGAGUAAAUUACGUACCGUUUUCGCGAAUUCGCCGUCAGAACCGCAAGGGCUCAAAGAUUUGUUGGCAAAAACGGAAAAUCCGAGCGAAUUAUCGAUGCAAUUGAAAAAUCGUCUUGCCAGCAUGAGUGGCGUCUUCAACAAUCAUAUCCCAUCGACAGAUCGCUGGUCCUUGGUUGAAGCCUUGUAUUAUCAUCUCUUGACGAACAUCCUGGAAGGCGAAGUAAAAAUCCGUCCCGAAUUAAAUUUGCAAGUUUUACUGCGGGAGGAUUCGUUGCAUCGCACACUCAUCGUUUGUUGCGUCGAAAUUGUCGUUUAUUCGUUUAAUCCGCAACGACGCUUCCCCGACGUCUUGAAAUGGUACAACAUGCAUCCCUUCAACUUUUAUCGCAUCAUCGAGAUGGUGGUUUUGAAUCAUCAGGACGCCCUCACGCGAGACAUCAUCAAACACUUGAACGUCGUCGAAGAACAAACCCUCGAAUCGUUCGCAUGGGAAGCCAAUUCGCCGCUUUGGGAUAAAAUUGCCUCCAUUGGACAACCGUUGCCGCUGUGUCAAGACGUCGAUAAGCCAAAAAUCUUCGUGAGCAGCGAUUUGGCAGGCAUUACGCCGCACAAUCCGCAUUUUAAUCGCAAAGUCGAUAAAUCCGACUUGGAAUUUCUCGCUUCGCCGAGCGGCGUGAAGAAGCAACUCUUCAUGGAGGACAAAGAUGUGCCUAAAACGCCCGUGCGUGAGGUGUCUGUCAAAGCUGUCAUCACAAAUAGCCAGGAAUCGGGUAACGGAGAUGCCACAACGCCCGCCUCUAGUCAAGAAGAGACAAAAGACCCGAAUUAUCAUCUGCUUGCCAGCGCGAAAAAGACAAAUCCGGCACGUUCGCUUGCACUGUUCUUCCGAAAAUUCUAUAAAGUGGCGUCAGUUCGCAUGCUCGCUCUCUGCAAAGGUCUCGAAUUGAACGACGCCGACUUGCUGAAGAAAAUUUGGACCGUUUUCGAGCACUGUAUCGUCGAGCAAACGGACUUGAUGAAGGACCGGCAUCUCGAUCAGAUGAUCAUGUGUGCUAUUUAUGUGAUAUUCCGCGUGACACAAAUCACGCAGAAGAACUUUAAGGACAUCAUGUCGCAAUAUCGCAAUCAACCGCAAUGGGCAAGUCACAUUUACCGCAGUGUACUUAUCGAGAAACGGAAGGAAGGCGACAAAGGAGGAGAUUCAAAAGUGCCUGAGAAACGAAAGGAACGCUAUGAGCCCGGAGAUUUGGCGGGAACAUCCCAAAACUACGAAGACGAAGAACGCGGUGAUAUCAUAAUGUUCUACAACAAAGUUUAUGUCAAAAAAAUGCAAACUUUUGCAAUGAAAUUCGCUGAUACAGCAUCUCAGGGCAGCCUUUUACUCUCCCCGCUGCCUCAUAACCCAAACCAGAACAUGUCGCCACGCAAAGUUUCCGAUCAAUUUCAUAUCUACGUUCAACCGUUGAGCAAAAAUUUACUGUUGAAAAGUCCCGGCAAGGUUAAUUGCAUCACGCAUGAGUUCCCGGGAAGUCCCAUCAAGGAUUCACCUUCAAAAGGCCUUGUGGAGAUAAAUCGCAUCGUAAAUCAACAACGGUCCACGAAACGACCAAUUUUGGCAACGGAAGAGUCCUCUGCCGACGAACAUGCCUUCGGAAAAAUCCCGAAAAUCCCAAGAAAAUUGGAAAAUUUGAUCUCAGACCGGGACAGAAGUCAGGGACCGAAGAAACAAUAAAUCUACGACUCCCGAUUCCCUUUUAUUUAAUUUUUUUUUUGUUAAAAAUUUUUAAUUUUACCCCUUUUUACUGCUGCAAAAACUCUUUUCAAUGCGAUAAAAGAUGACUUUUAUCAAACCAUUUUAGUAUUUUUACGAAAAAAAUUACUCAAAAAAAUUAUUAAAAAAAAAUAAUAUAAUCAAACGUAGAAAGUUCCAUCCGUGGAGCAAUAGAAGUUAAUUCAUAAGCAAAUUAAGCACAUUUCUUUCUCAAUUUUUUUUUUUUGCCCCAGGCAAUUUGUUUAACAUUAUAAUAUAUAUGUUUACUAUUAUUAUCCGUAUU